AUGGUUGUAAAAUUGAAUAAUGGAAAGGUUAUGCCAAUGGUUGGUCUUGGCACUUGGGAACUUUCUGAUCGCCAAACAAUCACAACCGCGUUAAAUGCAGCCAUUUCUGCGGGAUAUAGGCAUAUUGAUACUGCAGCCUUCUACCAUAAUGAGCAUCUUAUUGGGGAAUAUCUAAACAGUUUAUUACAAUCAUCCAAAGCUCUUCCAGGUUUUGAAAAUGGAGAUAUUAAUGUUAGUAUACAAAUAAAAAGAUCUGAUUUGUUUAUAACAUCCAAACUAUGGAAUGAUUCCCAUGAUAAUCCAGAAACUGCAUUAGAAGAGUCGUUGAGUAAAUUGAAACUCGACUUCCUUGAUUUGUACUUAAUUCAUUGGCCUGUGAAUUUUAAUGGUAGUUUUGAUUUGGAGCCACUUUGGAGAAAGAUGGAGUCAUUUGUUGAUUCAGGGAAAGUGAAGUCUAUUGGAGUGGCAAAUUUUGGAAUUAAAAAUUUGACACAUUUACUAUCAUUUUGUAGGAUUAAACCUGUAGUAAACCAAAUCGAAUUACAUCCUUAUUUUCCGCAAGAAGAAAUACACUCAUUUUGCAAGAAAAAUAAUAUAUUAAAUAUCAGUUACUCAACUCUUGGAUCUAAUGUAGCAGCAAAUGGUGUCAGAUUCACACAUAAAAUUAAAGAGCAGAUGAUAAAUAGGCAACUCAAUAAAAUACACAGCACAUUUGAGGCUCUGGAUGAUCAAAGUAUAUCGGAUGGAAGUGAAACUGCCCCACCUCCAGUACGGGAUGACUCCUUAGUUUUGCAAUUGGCAGAAAAAUAUUCUGUUUCUGCUAGUCAGAUUAUUCUUAGCUUUGAAGUCUUGGAAGGUAUUGCAGUCAUUCCAAGGAGUAGUUCUCCAGAGCAUAUUCAGUCAAAUAUAAAUCUUAUUUUUUUACAAAAUGAAGACAAAGAGCUGAUGAGAAAUAUCAAGAUGCGUUUCAGAUUUCAUGAUCCAAAAGCCUAUGGUCCACAUCGUUUUGAAUAA